AUGGCAGAAAAUAGUCCAUCAUCCAUCAAUAGCCCCAACCCGCAACCUCGCCCUGUCAAACACAGGGAAUGUGUCUAUAUUGACACACCCAGCAGGGACUUUAUAACAUUUGACUCCAUGGUGACCAAGGACUGUAUAACAGUUGACUCCACGAUAACCAGGGACUUUAUAACAGAUGACUCCACGAUAACCAGGGACUUUAUAACAGAUGACUCCACGAUAACCAGGGACUAUAUAACAGCUGACCUCAUCCUGACCUGGGACUUUAUAACAGUUGACUUCAUCUUGACCGGGGAGUUUAUAACAGCAGACUUCAUCUUGACCGGGAACUUCAUAACAGUUGACUCCACGAUAACCAGUGACUUUAUAACAGUUGACUACAUGGUGACCAGGGACUUUAUAACAGUUGACUUCAUCUUGACCGGGGACUUCAUAACAGUUGACUCCAUAGUGACCAGGGACUUUAUAACGGUUGACUUCAUCUUGACCGGGGACUUUAUAACAGUUGACCCCACGAUAACCAGGGACUUAUAA